CUGGUCGCAGGGUGGUGGUUUGACCUCUGACGUCAUCAAUCAGCGACGGGAGCAACCAAAACAGUUCCGAAAUUUUUUGACUACGUCCACGUUAAGAAACCGUCAUGUUACAACCAACAUCGUUUCCAACCUCGCUAGGGGACCGCGACAAACCAGACUGCACGACUGAGGACAUUUUGCAAGACGAGGAAAACCCGUUUAACUUCAGUCCUCAGCUCAUCAAUCUUCAUAAAGACCACGAGCUAUUUGAGGAUGGCGACGUUGAAAGACACAUGUACCUUCAAGACCUUUAUAUUUCAGAGGCAGACGACGACAAACAAACCCUCAGCGUUUCAGAGUUUGCCUGUCACAUCUCUGGCUGCAACGCAGUCCACGGUACUUUAGAGGAGUAUGAGCAUCACUACAAUUCCUUACAUAGACACGUGUGCUCCAUCUGCCGGCGCUCAUUACCCACCGCUCGCCUCCUGGAUAUUCACAUUCAGGAGUGGCACGACUCUGUCUUCAUGGUCCUGGCACAGCGGCAGGACAUGUACCAGUGUUUGGUGGAAGGCUGUGCACACAAGUUCAGGACGAGCACACUCCGGAAGGACCACUUGAUACGAAUUCACAAGUACCCCCCAGACUUCAGAUUUGACAAAGCCAAAAGAGAGAAAGGAUCUGGAGAGACAAAGCAGCAGCAGGACAUAGCGAUGGAGGUUGUGGGUAAUGCGAGUGAGGUUCUUUGUGAAGAGCAGGCCAAACAGGUAGAUCAAGAAGAAUCCAUGGAGAUGCCCGUGUCCUUGACAGGGACCCACUUGACUGAAAAAGACACCCCACAUGAGGAGAUGGCAGCAUGUCAAAACACAAACGAUGAGCAUCUGAAACCACGAUACUCCUACAGGGUUCCUUCUAAUGUGUGCUUUGGUCAUGGCUCCAUUCGAGGCUUCAGAGGUCACAGAGGAAGGAGGAAAUGAAACAGCUUCCGAAAUCACAAUUACGUACUCUAUUAUUUCAUAUAACAUAAAAUAGUUUUCUCACGUCA